AGAGCCAUUUAGAGUCUCUCCCUCCUUUCCUGGCACUCCGUGCUCCAGUUUGGAGAAUGCCUGCCUUGGAAAAUCCAUGGAAAGUGCAAUUUGGCAGCGGCUGCACUGGGAAUUCCUCUGCUUGGCUCAGCUGAGCAGCUCCUGGCCUCCCUCUGCAGUGUCGGUGCUGCUUUCUGGGCACAGACUAUGCUGCUGGGUGAGACUUUCCUGCCCCUCUGCCCCUUCCAAUUCCCCUCUUGCUUCUGGAUCCCAUUAUCCCUUGGAGCCAGAUUCCUUCCCCUGUGCCCCAAGACUGGAAAGCUGAGGAAUGGCAGCAGCAGCAUUUGGCCUGUCCCCAAAGCACAGGACACGCUGCUUGGGAAGAGGCUUCCCCCUGUCAUUAGUGGAUUCAAGGCGGUGUGUGAGCUGGCAUUCCAGCUGCCUGGAAGGGACGGCUUGGCAGGAGAUGCUUCCAGCCUUCCAAAGCCUCUCCUUGAGCUGGGCACACCUCAGACGACACCAGAGGCAGCAGCAGCAGCAGCUCCUCUUCCUCCCCAGCACGAUGUCCCUCUCGCACGCAGCCGCUGAGUACAUGCUCUCCGAUGCUCUCCUCCCGGAUCCCGGCGGAUCCCGAGCCAAGGGCCUGCGGCUGGAGCUGCCCAGUGAUCGCCUCCUGAAGUUCAUCACCGUGGGGCUGCCCCUCUGCCUCGUCUCCUUGGCUUUUGCCCGGGAGUUCUCUGCUGGCUCACAGAUCAGCUGCUUCUCCCCCACUAACUUCACUGGGAAGCAGUCAGCCUACGUCGACACGGCCUGCUGGGACUCCCUUGUCCACCACGGCUUGGACACCGAGGGACACCCUGCCACCAAGUCCCUGUGGGCUCUCAAGGUCUUCCCCUACUCGCUGCUGGUGGUGGCUGGGCUCAUGUACCUGCCGUACCUGCUGUGGCGUUACGCGGCCGCCCCUGCCCUCCACUCCGACCUCCUCUUCAUCAUCGACGAGCUGGACAAGUCCUACAACCGCUCCGUGCGCCUGGUGCAGCACAUGAGGAGGGUGCAACAGGCCAGCACCGAGCCCGAGCGCUUCUGGGACGAGUACGAGAGGGCCCGCCAGGAGAGGUACUUUGAGUUCCCGUUGCUGGAGCGCUACCUGACCUGCAAGCAACACGCUCACUCCUUGGUGAUCAUCUACAUCCUGAGGAACCUGCUGCUGCUCCUGUUCUUGGCUGCCACCUGCCUCUACCUGCUCUUCCUCCACCUCAACAUCUUCUUCCAGGAUGAGUUCAACUGCUCCAUCAAAACGGGGCUGCUCCAGGCGGAGCCCCACAUCCCGCCGCUCAUCCCCUGCAAGCUGCUCUUCUUCUCCGUCUUCCAGCUCACCAGCCUCUCCAUUGGUGGUGUCUACAUCCUCCUCAUCCCCGUGGUCAUCUCCAACGCCCUGCAGCUCUGCCAGUGGGACAAGGGGCUGCUCUCUGUCUACGAGAUGCUGCCUGCCUUCGACCUGCUCAGCCGCAAGAUGCUCACCUGCCCCGUCAACGACCUCAACGUCAUCCUCCUCUUCCUCCGCGCCAACAUCUCGGAGCUGACGUCCUUCGGCCGCCUCAACGCCCUCGGCGCCCUGAGGGAAGCCACCCCCAACAAGGAGGACAUCGACACUGUCAUCGACUUCAUGACGCUGCUGGCGGGGCUGGAGGGCACCAAACCCAAGCACCACGCUUGUGCCCCCGAUGGCAGCACGCCCCAACCCAAUGGCAGCGCCCCAGAAGUGAAGCCUGGAGUGGAAACAACAGGAAAAGCCUCCCGGGACUCGCUCGGCUCUGCCUGAUCCAGAGCAGCUGGAUCCUGGGAUCCACUUGGAUUCGGUUCCUUCUUGCCGGCGUUCCUCGAGCACAUUAAACUCUGGUUUGGAGGCAGCCUGGUGGGGUGAUGUCUGUAACGUGACAGCAGCGGCUGGGCUGAGCUCCCCCGUGGUAUUCCUGUGUUUGGGAUUCCCCUUCGUACGGUUUUCCAGCC